AUGAAGUCUGCUUGGAUGAAAGGGCUGCUCAGUGCUGAGUGGGGGGGGAACUAUACUGAGAAGGAGAUCUGUGCAUUUAAAGGAUCCACUGUAAAGCUUCGGUGCGACUUUGAGUUCCCGCCCACAGAAGGCGGGCGUGAGAUCAAGGUCAAGGAAACAUUUUGGUUCACCAAAGAUCCAAAGAAAGAUCUGAGACUGGACCCUGAGUACUUUGGUGGUGUGCAGUCUGAGUGUCAUGGCAACAUCUGCAGUCUGACCAUCGCAGACGUGAGACGGAGUGACGAGUACACGUUCAGAUUCACAACUGACCAUUCCAGAGGAGACUUCAUCGUCACGCCUGGUGUCAAAGUGACCGUCACUGAUCUGAAAGCACAAGUGUCCUCAAGUCACAGGUAUGAAGAUGGCAAAUAUUGCUAUGAUCUGAAGUGUGUCAGCGACACGUGCAGUCCUAGGUCUCCUUCUUCAUACGUCUGGUAUAAGAAUGGAGAGGAAAUCCAAAAUGUAAAGUCCCAAGUGUACAUAUUAGAGUAUGACUACAAAAACAGUUACUCCUGUGCUGUGAGAGGACACGAGCAAGCUGUGUCUCCUCCAGAGUGUGUGUUGUACUGGUCAUGUAACAAGGUGGUUUACCACAAGAGACACAUCUGUGCCAUCCAAGGAUCAUCAGUUGACAUUACCUGUGAAUACACGAGCUAUGGAAAUACCCUGACAAAAUUCUGGUUCCGUAGAGAUUCUAGUCACUGGAGGAACCCCUCCAUGACUGAAGAUCUGCGGUCAGACCCUCAGUAUGAAGGUCGUCUUGAGUUACCUUCAGAGUCUUCUGGAAAAAGCACACUGAGAAUAAAAGAUGUGAGGCAGAGUGAUUCUGCCGAGUACUGCUUCAAAUUCACCACUAAUGAUGGUUUUGAAUGGAGGAGUAUUUUACCUGGAAGCACCUUGACAGUCACAGGUAUGAACACACCUGACCAAACAUGCCCAAUAAUACAACUAUAUUACAAUGAAUACUUUGGAUUAGAUUACAAAAUAGAUAUAUUAUUCGGCUAA